UCAACUGUGUUUCUGGUACGUACCCAUAGUGGGAUACGUUGUGCACUGAAACGAAUGUAUGUUAAUAAUGUGCCGGACCUCAACAUAUGCAAGAGAGAAAUUACAAUUAUGAAAGAAUUAUCUGGGCACAAGAAUAUUGUGAGCUACUUGGAUUGCGCUGUUAACUCUAUAAGUGAUAAUGUUUGGGAGGUACUCAUUCUCAUGGAGUACUGUCGAGCUGGGCAAGUUGUGAACCAGAUGAAUCAGCGUCUGCAGACAGGCUUCACUGAGUCAGAAGUAAUGAGAAUAUUUUGUGAUACCUGUGAAGCUGUUGCCCGGUUGCAUCAGUGCAAAACACCUAUAGUUCACCGGGAUCUAAAGGUGGAGAAUAUCUUGUUAAAUGAUAGCGGGAACUAUGUUCUCUGUGAUUUCGGCAGUGCCACUAACAAAUACCUUAAUCCUCAAAAAGAUGGUGUCAAUGUGGUUGAAGAAGAAAUUAAAAAGUAUACAACACUGUCAUACCGAGCUCCAGAAAUGAUCAAUCUUUAUGGAGGAAAACCAAUUACUACCAAGGCAGAUAUCUGGGCACUUGGCUGCUUGCUGUAUAAACUUUGUUUCUUUUCACUUCCCUUUGGAGAAAGUCAAGUUGCUAUUUGCGAUGGAAGCUUUACCAUUCCGGACAAUUCCCGAUACUCUCAUAGUAUACACUGUUUGAUAAGAUAUAUGCUGGAACCAGAUCAAGAACAGAGACCUGAUAUCUUUCAAGUGUCUUUCUUUGCCUUUAAAUUUGCCAAAAAGGACUGUCCAGUGUCUAAUAUUAAUAAUUCUCCUGUCCCUUCAACUCUUCCUGAACCCAUGACAGCUAGUGAGGCAGCUGCUAGAAAAACCCAAAUAAAAGCAAGAAUAACAGAUACUGUUGGACCAACAGAAACCUCAAUUGCACCGCGACAAAGACCAAAGGCCAAUUCAAGCACUGCCACUUCUAGUGUUCUGACGAUCCAGAGCUCAGCAACUCCAGUCAAAGUACAAGUUCCUGGUGAAUUUGGUAAUCGUGGGCAAAAAGGAGCCACGCGACCAGGGAAUGGACAACAAAUCUUACAGUCCCAAGGGCCCAACCAGCACCCCCCGCAGCAGAACAGAGUUCUCCAGCAGCUGCAGCAGGGUGACUGGAGGCUGCAGCAGCUACACCAUUUACAUCACCAGCAGCAGCCACCUACGAUUCAGGAUGCUUACAUCCAGCAGUAUCAACAAGCAGUGCACCAGCAGAUGGUCCAGCAGCAGCUGUUGAUGCAGUCUGUGUACCAGCAGCAACCUUCCCAAUCUCAGUAUCCUGCUAUGGUGCAGCAAUAUCAGCAGGCUCUCCUACAGCAGCAGAUGCUUGCUCAGCAGCAACAGCGGUCACAACAGGCGCAGUCUCCUGAGUAUAUCACUUCUCCACAAGACUUUUCACCAGCCUUAAUCUCCUACCAUGGGUCACUGCCAGUGCAUGCUGGAACAGUGGCAGAUUCGUCCUACCCCGCAAACAG